UGCACGUAAGGACAGAGCCAGUAAUAUUCAAGUUUAUCCUAUCACACCUUAGUUUCUGAGGAAUAGGUUUGCUAGUUUCUGAGGAAUGUUUAAGAGCUUAGAUGAAGAGACUGAUGAGAUGAAUGCUUUUAAGCGUCACAAAUUGGAACCAUGUUUCCUAAAUGUUUGGGUUUCUGCGGUUGGAAGCACACAAGUUCAUCUCAGAAACAGUAUCCAACGGUAAUACAAGAGUUGUGCCAUCAAUUUUCUCUCACUGAUAUUAAGAAAUCCACAAACAACUUUGCCAGUACCAGACUAAUUGGAUAUUCAAGCUUUGGUAAAGUAUACAAAGGUCGCCUCCAACUCCUGGAUGGUACUGAAUAUUCAGUUGCAAUAACGCGAUUGUUUGCAGAAGAAGGCAAUGAAGGACGCGACUGGUUUAAGAAAGAAGUAGAGUUGCUCUGUCAGCUUCGUCACCCUAAUUGUGUGUCUCUUAUAGGAUUCUGCAACCACAAGAAAGAGAAGAUUCUUGUGCAUGAGUACACGUCCAAUGGAUCUCUAAAUCAACACAUACUAAGAGGUGGGAAAACAGAAGCACUGUCAUGGAGGAAAAGGAUAGAGAUAUGCAUAGGAGUAGCUCGUGGACUACACUACCUUCACGCUGGACUCAAGCGCAACAUUAUUCACCGUGACGUUUGUCUCAGAAACAUUCUUCUGGACGGCCACAUGGAACCAAAACUUGCAGGUUUCUGCCGUAGCAUUCAGGGAGCACACUUUAUGUCAAAGCCAAAAGCAAUUCCAAUAGAUGAAUUUACUUGGGGUAGUUAUGGCUACCAUCCUAUACACGACUUCAGAGACACUACCGUCACAGAUAAAUGUGAUGUUUUCACAUUUGGUUUGCUUCUUCUAGAAGUAGUGUGUGGAAGAAGGCAUUCUGAUAUGAGAAGAGUGGAUGGAUUUCUGGAGAAGCCUGUUGAGGAGAAUAUUAAUUUGAAUAUCAAAGGAAAGAUUGUGCCAGAUUGUUGGAAAGUCUUUAUAGAUAUCAUCCAAAGAUGUGUGAAUUAUGAAGCAGAUGAGCGACCAACUAUGGGUGAGAUUGAGGUGCAACUUGAGUAUGCUCUGUCGUUGCAGGAACAAGCAGAUAUCACAAACAUCGAUGGUGAUUACAUCUUAUUGUCUAAAACCAUUAUUAACCCAAGAUGAGCAUGGUUUGUCAUUGCGCCAAGAUGACAGUCACUUAGAAGAGUUGUUUCAUAGGUAGUUUUGGGAGCUCAAAUAAAGGCUUUUAGCCUUUUGAGACAAACACAGAAGUUGCAGUAUACUUUGUGCAAUAGUUAAGUUCAAUUAAGAUAUUUCUAGCUUGUGUAGCAAUCCUAGUUAUAAGCAUUUUGAUGAAUGUGAUUGUAUCUGAACUAUAUAAAUCUGAAGGUAGUGAAGAAAUUCUUGCUUUAGCCUGUAUUAUUUUUACUUCUCGUA